AUACGGAUCUUAAGCUGCCGACAGCUAUGGGUAUCAUUAUAAUUAUGCAGUGGGCAAUGGACGUUGUGAAUCCUACAGCUGAUGGCAGGUGGUGCUGACAUCUCCACGGUCAGGCUCCACUUGCCCGCACAAGCCCCUGUGUUCCGAUGUGUCAUCAGUCGAGCUUGUACUUACUUCCUUCCCCUGUCCCAUCUACAUCAUACAUUCAACAACACAACUUAUCACGACCAGGCCUGAUAUGGGGUCGCUUGGGAUCAUCAAGGGUUUCUGCCUGUUCGUGUUUCUGUCUGGAGCAUCCGGCGCAAUGAAAGUCGGCCCAGACAUAGCGGAAAGGGCUGAGAAGAUGUAUGACGAGAAGCCGUCAAGAGGUCCGACUGGUGACCCAACCAUGAGGUCUGUCAAGGACCUGACAAUAUGUCUGCGGGACGAAUUCACAUCACCAGUGCCCCAGCUGCAGGUGACUGCCCGACCACCGACCACUGACGUCCCAACCACAACCCCGGCACGAUGUGUUUACGGCGACCGGAGUGGAAACGUUAUCAUUCAAACAGCGGCACAGCGACAACGACGAUCUCAACAGCUUAAGAAAGAAAUUAAAAAAUUUCAUAACUGUAUCUGUCGUACUUCGUCUGGGGACCACCCUCAUCAUUGCGACUUCAACAUGCUAGAAACAGACUACAAUCGGACUGUCCUAGAGAGUUGUCUUGGCAACAACAACAUCUCAGAGAAGGCCACACUCACCUACAGAUCGAAAGAGUUUCACUGUCACUUGAGAAAUAAUUUCACUGUCAGAUGCCAUCCUAAACAGGAUUCGUUGGAAGCUAGAGACACCAAAUUCCUGUCAAUAUUAGUGUGUUUAUCAAGAGCUCUAGACAGUAUUGAAUGUGACAGGCCAGGACAGACAACCUACAGAGACAGCACGACCACCACCUCCCCCGUGGCGAUGUCCCUCAAGUUCAGAGUAGUGUUUCUUGUCAUGAUUGUGGUGCUGGGUCUACUGCUCGGCAUACUCGGGACUGUCUGUGGCGUCUUCUGCUGGAGAAGGAGAAAGAAGAGAAGUGUUCCUACUACGUCGAUAGUGAAGAGGACGGGCCCGCGUGUUCCUCUGAACACUUAUGAACACAGACCCCAAGACAACGUCAUAUAUGAAGAGCUGCCCGACACAGGCGUUCCCGACCUGUUGCAACAGGGACCCACAUCCGUUGUCCACUCUAAGUUCGGAGGUGACCUGUCCGAGUCCGUGUUUGUCCACUCCAACCUACGGAGCGUUACUUACAACUCCGGAGGUCAAGGUUAUUACGAGGCUCUCGCCCGGCGCACUGAUGGUGGAGAACCUGCCCCAUCAGGAACAACCAAGCCAGUGCCCGCACCUAGAACAACUAUUCAAUCUCCGAGACGGCUGUCGUCGGGGAACAACGACUACCUUGAUUUGGAGGAGGAUUCCCAACAGACCGAUGGAACACAACCCAGUGUUAGCAAUCCAUACUUCGUCCUUGAACCCGCAGAGACAAGCCCCGUGUUACCAGAGGCAUCAAGUGUUGGUGCAGAUGGGGAAUAUAUGAAGUUAGAUGACGAGAACGGUCAGAAUAGUGCAACGACUGGGAAAAGAGAUGUAGGGAUGGAUGGAUGCUGUAGCCAAACACCCCCUCUGGGAGGCAAUGAAGUUCAUGAUUACCAAAAACUCAACAAGCCCAGCCUGGAUCAGAUGGACUCUGUGAGUCACCGUGGGGAUGACUAUGAGUUUGCCUUGUCACCAGACGCAGGGUUUGACUUGGCCACGACCUACAAACAGAGCGAGGAAGACAGGAACAGUACUUGUUCACCAGACUAUCAGAGAUUAACAGGGCCUGCUAUUCAGCAGCAUCAACCAGACACAGGGGAGCCGGAGAUAAAAAAUGACUACUUCGUCCUGGAGGAGUAGGGCGUGUCAGUGCAGCCAAUCAGUUGCAGUGUGCAUACAUGGAACCUGACAUAGGUAUGUGAUAUUCGAGGGGCAUCUGUGCCCAUCUGCCGCGGUUGCGUAUGUACCCAGAGCCUCUAAAUCUAACAUAUACAGUUAAACCUCCUUAGUCCGGACUCUGUUAAUCUGGAAUCUCAACCUUCCAGACGAUUACGACUAGGAACACUUACAUGUAUAUAAAGUGAUUUUAAUCCGAUACCUAAUCCGCAAAUGUGUUAAUCCGACCGACUUCAGUUGAAUAGCUACGUACGGAGUAAUAGUGUUUCACUGUACAUGAUCGUGAGGUUUUCAUUAGCUAUUGUCUGUGGUUGUCAGACAAAUCGUCACUGGGUAUUCUUUUGCCAUUGUUUCCAUAUCAAUGUAUUAGUCAUAGUUAAACCAUUGCUCCUUUGUCUUUGACCGUGGUCUGACUAAACACUACUUGGCUUGGACGGAACGUCUUUUUCUCCUUAUCAUUUAUCUUGAUGAUAGAACAAUUUCAUGAAAAACGUUUGUCGUCAGCGGAAUUCGAACCCGUCUUUUGCCGCGGCGACUUGAAAGAAAUUGUUUUAAAUCAACAACAAAAUAUUUAUUUUCAUCAGGACUAAUUGCUUGUCCAUUUAUGAACUGCGAAAUAUGUUUUAUGCAAUUGUAUACAGUAUGUUACUUUAUGCAUUCUAAUAUUUGUACAGUACUUGUUAUUUGAUUGUUUUUUGUUCCACGAAACGAACAGAUAGAAACAAAAUAACUAUUGUCUUGAUCAGGGCUAUGUUUGCCCAUGAACGUGGGCAAGUAAUAUUUAGGUGGUUCAUUAAUGUGCUCGAGUUGGUCCAAAAUGAAUGGUAUACUUGCUCCAUGACAUGCAGUAUGUCUCGAAACUGAACUCUGCCCUGUAUCUUUAUUUACUGAAGCCACUGCUCGGUACAUGUUGACAUAUGUUGUAUAUUUGUAUAUAGUGCGGUAUAUAUUGAUGUAACAAUGAUGUACCUCUAAUGCCGCUGACAGCGGCCUGAGUGCACGUAUACAAGCGUCGUUCAAACACAAUGUAAAUAUUGUAUUUUGUUGAAGUAAGUAAGCUAAUCUUUUUGUUUCUGGAACAUAUUGUAUGUUUAUUUAUAAAUCUCAUCAUUUGUCCAUUAUCAAUGUUUGUGUAUAAGUUCAUUUUAGUUCCCACCAUCAUAUUGUGUGAUUGAUGUAAAUAUACAGUCAAUAUUU